GGAGAACGCGAACAAGAAGAAGUAUCGGCCCCAGUGUCACUGCAGCCAAUCACCUGCUUGUCUCAUGAUCUUAACAUAACUUCAGCGAAUGGGUUCGACUUAAUAAUUGAGAUGGAGGUGUAUCGUAAAGAGUUCUACAUCGGCCUUUCGUUGGCUGUAAGCUCGAGUAUUUUCAUCGGCGCAAGUUUCAUACUGAAAAAGAAAGGACUUCUGCGAUUGGCCAGAAGGGGGUCAACACGAGCAGGUCAAGGUGGAUAUGCUUAUCUGAAGGAAUGGCUGUGGUGGGCUGGGCUUAUUUCAAUGGGAGCUGGAGAAGCUGCUAACUUUGCUGCGUAUGCAUUUGCCCCUGCUACUUUGGUUACUCCUCUGGGAGCACUGAGUGUACUUGUGAGUGCGGUGCUCUCUUCCUAUUUUCUCAAUGAAAGGCUGAAUGUACAUGGGAAGAUUGGCUGCUUACUUUGCAUUAUAGGCUCCACAGUGAUGGUCAUUCACGCACCACAAGAGGAGGAGGUUUCUUCCCUCAGUGCCAUGGCUGAGAAGCUCAAAGACCCAGGAUUCAUUGUGUAUGCUGUAAGCGUUGUGGGAAGCUGUCUGGUCCUCAUGUUUGUGGUGGCUCCACGUUACGGACAGAAGAACGUGCUGGUCUACAUCCUCAUCUGCUCUGUUAUUGGCUCGUUGUCUGUGUCUUGCGUAAAAGGUCUGGGCAUCGGCAUUAAGGAACUGUUUGGUGGAAUAGCAGUAUUAAAGGAGCCAUUGUUUUGGGUGUUAAUCAUCUGCUUGGUGAUCUGUGUAACUAUCCAAAUCAGUUAUUUGAAUAAGGCCCUUGACAUUUUUAACACCUCUAUCGUUACACCAAUCUACUAUGUUUUCUUUACUACCUCCGUCAUGGCCUGUUCUGCUAUCCUCUUCAAAGAGUGGUUGAGAAUGACCACAGAUGGGGCACUAGGGACUAUCAGUGGCUUCCUCACUAUUAUAUUAGGCAUUUUCCUGUUGCAUGCUUUUAAGGACAUUAUUUUUACGUGGGAUUCCCUGCCUUUCUUUCUUAAAAAGAGUCCCCAGGGGUUCCCAUGGGGACAACAGUCGUACACUGCUGUCCCCGACCACGACAUACAGGCAAAUGAAGAGCCCAAACUGCCCAGAGACACGAACGCAAAUGGAGAAUGGAAGAAGCAAACCAACUAAAAAUCAUAGUAACUUAUUCAAAAAGUCUUAUAUUUGGCAAUACACUAUAAAUAUAAAUAUCUGGCACAAAAAAUAUUCACUAUUCUUUUCAGUUACUGGUCUACUUUUGAGUUACUUUUGAGUAGGAAAAAACAUAGUUCACCCAGAUGUUUACGUAAGCAGAAUUUUAACCUUAACUGAUGAAAAACAUGUUUUGCAUUUAUUAUUGUUACAAAUGUAUUCCAGAAGAAGUGUAAACUUGACAGAGUAUGUUGCAGUUAUGAGUGUUUUGUUGAAUGACUGAGGUUACUUCAUUGUUAUUUGCCAAAGAUUGUACAGUCAAGAAGAAGUUAAUAAAAACAUGACUUUC